AUGGAUCCAUUUGCAGAAGUGUGCGCUCGUUGUAUGCGAAAUCGGAUGAACAGUUUAAGUGACGAAUUUUAUCCAACUAAUCAUAUAAUUGAUAAUAUUGUUUAUGACGAUGACAGUGAUGAUGCUACCACUAUAAAUGACGUGGAGAAACAACUGGCAAAG